UAGCUCAGUACAUACGUUAUCUCUGUUACUAACGAUAACCUCUGAUCGCUACAUAAACAUAGUUUUAUGUUCUGUAGCUAAGUUUGUCACGUAUUGGAGUCAUUAUUUCAAGAUAUUCGUAUAAUUAAUAUUGAAAAGGAACUGUAAGUAGUCGGUAGAAACCAAAAGUAUUAACCAUAUCGAUGGAAACAGUUCCUAAAGACUUACGAGGACUAAGAGCUUGUUUGGUCUGUUCUCUGAUUAAGACGUUUGAUCAAUUUGAAUUUGAUGGUUGUGACAAUUGCGAUGAAUUCUUGCGAAUGAAAAAUAAUAAGGACAAUGUUUUUGACUGCACAAGUUCCAAUUUCGAUGGUAUGAUUGCUGCAAUGAGUCCCGAGGACAGUUGGGUUAGCAAAUGGCAAAGAAUAAAUCGAUUUUGUAAGGGUGUAUAUGCGAUAUCAGUAUCGGGGCGAUUACCAGCAGGUGUUAUAAGAGAGAUGAAAAGCAGAGGAAUAGUAUAUAGACCACGCGAUACAAGUCAACGAUAAUUUUGAACUUGUAAAUGUAAGAACACUACUAUACUUUAUUGUAAUAUCAUAUAAUAGAAUAAUAUUUUAGUUUUUAUCUCGCGUUGGAAAUUCGUUAUGAAUUUUAUAAGAUUUUCUCGAAAAUAUUACCUCGAUUUGAUUGAUAUGAACUUUUGUUCAGGUUUCAGAAUUCCCUUCUAUCCCUUUUCAACCUUUUCUUUCACUACACUUAAGAUUUUGCAAGCUUUCUCUGUAAUUUACUUUCACCCUAUUCAAAUGGACUAUAUAUUAAUAUUUCCGUCUAGCCUUUUCACUGUCUGUACAAUAUUUUCGAACAAACUAGUCAGUAAUAUCUUGAAAAUGUUCAAAUUUAAAGAAUAUAUACAACUUAUAUGGAAUUCAUUCUCCCAUAUCAUACACAUGCUCGUUUUUUUUUUUAGUUAUUUUAAUUCUGUGUUCUUAUUACGCAAUAAAUAUUUCAAAAUGUCAAUGUUUGAUUUUCUAAUUGUUAAUGAAAUGUAAAGUUAGUCUGUUCUUGUUUUCUACAAAUCCUCCAUGUAAUAAGUUAAUGUGUGUACAUUAAAAAUUUACGAACGUAAAUU